GGGAGGAGCAGGAACAGUCAGGACUGGAAUCUAGCUCUGUUCCAAAGCCAGCUCGUAAUUACCAACAUGGGGGUGGGGGUGGUGUGUUCCUGGCUCUCAUUUUUCGGGAGAGGGGUAACUCCCCCCAUUUUGGCCCCCACAUCCCUGAGAACCUUGGGGUCUGGCUGUAGGAGGUGGGGGAGCUCGGGGGGGGGGGGGGGUCUGCGUUGGCUAGUUCCUGAGAUCGUUAAAAGUAGAUUUUCGUUUCGCUCCAACUUUCCCGGUGUCUCACACACUCUCCUGCCUUCUCCUGGGCCCACUGGGCCCACCGCCACCCAAUUCGGCCCGCCAGCUCUCCAGGAUGGGAAUUUCUCUAGGCCCGCCAGCUCUCCAGGAUGGGAAUUUCGUGACGUUCCCUGCCUGAGCUUCGGGAAGGGCGGGGGAGUGCUGUAAGGGGCUAUCACGCAAUUGCAGACCCUCUGCUGCUGCCGCAAACGGCGGCCCUCACCUGGACCCGGGGACUCUCCAACGAGGGGCGCUAGCCUGGCCCGACUGGGCGAAUCCCCGCGUCCGUACCCGUUCCGUCGCUCAGUUCCACGACUCGCUCCCCUGCCGCCCCGCCUGUUCGGGGGUGGGUGGGCGCUUCUCUCGGCUCCCCCGUGACACUUUGCAGACGCUCCCUGGCGCCGGGCAUGGGCGCCGCCGCCGUCGGUCCCCGAGCCGGAUUCCGCGCGCGGGUGGGUGAGCGCGGGGGGCCUCGGCCCCUCGGACCCGGGGCACCCGCGGGCGGGGGAUGGUGGCCGCAUUUGCACCCCCGCCCUGGUGCAUUCCCCCCGGGAUCUUUCCAUGACUACUCCCCCUCCCACCCCGGGACAAAGGGCGGGGGCGGUGCAUCCCCACGCGUGACCUUUCCCCGUACUGCGCACGCGCCCAGCCCCCACCACCGGGGGAGGGUCCGCACGCCCACGCGAGUGCGGGGGAGGGGUGUGGGGCCCCGGAGGUGGGGGGGCACCGCGCACGGGCUGGACCUCCUCCUACCCUGGGGAAGUUGGGGCAGUUUCCCUCGGCACCUGCCUCUUCCUUAGGCCUGGCGGUGGCCCGCGAUGAGAGAGGGUCCUUCCCCUUCAGGCCAGGUGUCCCUGUCAGGCGACCCCUUGGGGCACCCAGCAAUUUAGGGCUUCAGCUUCCUUUUCCUUCGAUACCCGGGAGCCCACGUCCCCAGCUUACGUCUCCCCCAGGACCUCGGUGGCUGGGCCCCCUGCCCCUGACUCUGGGAACCCAGGAGUUUGAAGCCCAGGCGUGUUUUGCCUCAGUCCUGGGGUCCGGGCUCCCUCCUCCCUCAGACCAGGGAUCCAGGCCAGAAGGUCCUUCCUGUCUCACUUCACCUCCCCCAGGAUGGACCCUCGAGUCCAUCCGCGUCCCUCCAUUUGUGGCUGCUGUUUCUGUCCAGUGCCCCUGAGGCCCUCGGCUGCUGGGGUCCGCAGGAAGCCACGCCAUGAAUGACCGGAGCAGCCGGAGGCGGACAAAGCCUCCGGAGGCUGCAUCCCCCGCCCUGGCUUUGAUGAACAGCGUCAAGGCCCAGCUGCACAUGGCUCUGGAGAGGAACUCCUGGCUGCAGAAGCGCAUCGAGGACCUGGAGGAAGAGAGGGACUUCCUGCGGUGCCAGCUGGACAAAUUCAUCUCUUCUGCUCGGAUGGAGGCAGAGGACCACUGCCGGAUGAAGCCUGCGCCCAGGCGGAUGGAGGGGGACAGCCGAGGUGGGGCUGGGGGUGAGGCCUCGGACCCUGAGUCAGCAGCCUCCUCCCUCAGCGGAGCCUCCGAAGAAGGCAGCGCCAGCGAGAGGAGGCGGCAGAAGCAGAAGGGAGGUGCUAGUCGGAGGCGCUUUGGGAAGCCCAAGGCCAGGGAGAGGCAGCGAGUGAAGGACGCCGACGGGGUCCUCUGCCGGUACAAGAAGAUCCUGGGCACCUUCCAGAAGCUCAAGAGCAUGUCGCGGGCCUUCGAGCACCACCGCGUGGACAGGAACACCGUGGCGCUGACCACGCCCAUCGCCGAGCUGCUCAUUGUGGCCCCCGAGAAGCUGGCCGAGGUGGGCGAGUUCGACCCCUCCAAGGAGCGCCUGCUUGAGUACUCCCGCCGCUGCUUUCUGGCCCUGGACGACGAGACGCUCAAGAAGGUGCAGGCGCUCAAGAAGAGCAAGCUGCUGCUGCCCAUCACCUACCGCUUCAAGCGGUGAUCGCGCCCCGCCUCCGCGCCUCCGCCCGGGCCUUCCUCCCCCGCGGACCCCGGCCCUCCCCAGGCCCCCGGUGCAUGACCUGCGCCUCGCCCUGCCGCGCCCCUGCCCCUCCUCCUCGCUCCCUGGGUUGGGGGCUCCCUUAGCCGGGCCCCCAAGCGCGACGGUCCAGAGCCCGCCGCAGCCCCUUCCCGAACGCCGGCAUCCCCUUCCGCUUGGGCUGGCCAGCGCUGUCCUCGCCGGACCCCUUCCUCCUGGAAAUCAACCAGGCAGGAGGGUGCCCCCCGCCUCGGGUGGGGGACUAUAUAGACCCCGUCUCCGCCCCGGCCCCGCGGAGGAGCUGCCCACCUGAUUGCCGGGCAGACCUCCCCAACUCCGCGUGAGACAGAGAAUUAUUCAGAGAAUUUAAAUUAAAAAACGACGUGAAAAUUUGGAAUAAA